ACAAGGUCGCUUAUUGGACAUUUCAGUAUGUACAAAUAUAAAAUGAAACAAAGUAUUUUUUUGCUUCUGGAUGGAAUUGUUAGCCUCGUGAAAAGCAAGUUCCUGAUGAACUGUAACAGUGUGUUAAAUAUGUUCUUUUAUGAGUUUUAUUUUAAUCCAGAAAUGAAGACUUUCAUGCCUUUAACUUUACAGUGCUGAUUUUCAUGAUAGUCUAUGAUAUUACAGAUAAGUAGAGGCAGUGAUCGUGUCACUAACCACCUUAAGAUUGUGUAGAGACUUCUAGACCCAGCAGUUCCAGUGCUUUGACAAAGCUGCUUGACGAAAAUCCUUUAAUUGAUGACAGCUAGAAGCUAGAAGCAGCUAGAAGUUUCCCUCUGAUAGUCUUACCACGAAAGAAGGAAUUCAACGUUGAAGCACGUUUAUCAAAGCGACGCAUAUGCAGAAAGUUUGUAGCUUUGAGGUCCGGAUUAUGGGUGUCCGAAUUAACGGCUUUUGACUGUAGUGACAAAAUUGUAAUACUAUGAAGGAAGCUGAAGCCGCUUUUGGGCGGCGUACCCAACAAAACAUAAGAAGAGGAAAGAAGAUUCGAAAAUUUGAAGAUGGAAUUGAACUUUUCGUUGACUACUUUACUUCAGAUUCCGAUGAAUCUGAUGAUACUCUUACUACUUCGUCAGCAUCGAAAUUGAAUUAUAUGCCAGAUAAAAUGGAUUCUGGUCUUGCCACUGAAAGCAAUUCUGGUGAUAUUAAAAAUCAAGGUAAUUCAAAAAAUAAAACUUCUCUUUCUAAGCAAUCAGUAAAUGCACCAGAUUCAGAAGAUGCAGUUUCAUUUCCCCUGACUGGAUCUAAGCCUAGAGUAAACUAUCAGAAGAUUUAUUCGGCAAGCACAAGUCCAAGCACAUUUGCAGUCCGCCAAGCACAUUUACAGUCCAAAAAAGGCAGUGUUAUGCAAUCAGGUACAAAACCCAAACACCAUUCUGUUAACCGAAGCUUAGUUGAUGACUUUACCAAAUUUCCUGAAAAUGUUUUACCUCAUCAUGGUGAAAAAUCACUAAGUAACUCACAUUCAGAUUCUGAUAAAUCAUCCCAAGAUGUAGUUUCAUCUUCCCUGACCGGAUCCAAGCAUAGAGCAUACUAUCAGAAAGUUAAUUCUCCAAGCUCCAGGCAUUUGCAGUCCAAAAAAGGCAGUGUCAUGCAAUCAAGAACACAAACGAAAUGCCAUUCUGUUAAGAAACGCUUAGCUGAUGACUUUACCAAACUUCCUGAAAAUGUUUCACCUUAUCAUAGUAAAAAACUACUAAGUAAUUCAGUUUCAAAUUCUGAGAAAUCAUCCCAGGAUGUAACUUCAUCUCCCCUGACUAGAUCGAAGCAUAAAGCAUACUAUCAGAAAGUUAAUUCUCCAAGCACAAGGCAUUUGCAGUUAAAAAAAGGCAGAGUGUCAUGCAGCCAGGUACAAAACCCAAGUACCAAUCAGUUAAGAAACGCUUAGUUGAUGACUUUACCAAACUUCCUGAAAAUGUUUCACCUCAUCAUAGUGAAAAAUCACUAAGUAAUUCACAUUCAGAUUCUGAGAAAUCAUCCCAAGAUCUUGCAACAUCUGUGACUAGAUCUAGACAUACAGUUUAUGAUCAGCAAUUUAACACUCCGAGCACAAGGCAUAACCUGCGUAAGACUGUUGGGAAAUAUCCAGUUGAUAACUUUAAAGAGUGUCCUGUAACAGUUUCAACUCAAUGUCAAACAUCCAAUCAUGAACAAAGUAUGUUAACUUCAAAUGUUGAAAAAUCUGUGCAAGUGUUAAGUGUUGAUGUCGAUCACUGUUUAUCAGAUUCUGGUCAUAAUCUCAAUGAAAAUUCCGUUCAAAGUAGCAGACAGUUGAGCUACAAUAAAGAAAAGAGUUUGGAUUUAAUUAAUGCAAAAGAAUUAAAUGC